CGAGACAGCGAGUCAGUGUUAGUGUACGUAGGUGCUACAGCUAUUAGUUGUGUGAGUGAGCGAGUGUGCAAUAAAAGUAUAUACAAUGCCAGGUUGUUGUGCAAUAAAUUGCAAAAAUAGAAGCGAACAUGGUUUUCGAAUGUUUUUGUUUCCUCGGGAUGAGAAACGAAGACAUUUGUGGGCUGAGAAAUGUGGUAAAAAUCCAACACAGAAUUCUAGGUUAUGUGAGUAUCAUUUUGAUGAUUUGCAAUUCGAAAAUCGACGAGAGGAUAGAUGGCGGAAAUUGAAACCUAAUGCAAUUCCAACUAUUUUCGAAAGCAACGAAAUUAAUUCUGAUGUAUUAAAUGUUCAAUCUUUAAUUGGGCAUAAUAUUCAACCAGAAAAUUGUGCUAAUUUAUUUAAUUGUGAUUUAUCAUGUAAUGACAAUUUUGGAUAUAAUGAAAAUGUUACUACUGAGAAUUUACCAAGUGAACAACAGACUCUAUCAGUCCCAAUUGCCGUACAUGCAAGUGUUCAAACGGAUAAUGAGAUAAGUGGACAGAAUUUACAAACAAUGUUCAUGACAAAUGAAGAAGGAACGAUUCGACAAACCAAUCAAAUCAAGUAUUUGCUCAAACAAUUAAAGGAAGAACGAGUAAAAGCUAGUACUUUCAAAUCCAAAUAUGAAAAUGAAAAAGUAUUGCGAUUUAAGACAACAAAAAUUAUGAAAAAGUAUAAGAAAAGAUACACAAUAUUGUCUGAAAAAGUAGAAAAAUCACCAAUUUUCAAAAAAUUUAUAUCAGGAUUUUCCAAGCGAAAGACUAAUUGGACUCCGCAAUGUUUAAGAUUGGCCACACAGAUAAGAUAUGCUGUUGGAUGGAAGGCUUAUCUAUAUCUAACGAAAGAUCUGGGUUUACCAUUGCCAUCUUAUUCUACAAUAUGCAGAUAUACAAGAAAGAUUGAUUUUCAACCUGGUUUGUUAAGGAAUGUUUUUUCAUUAAUGGCAAAGAAAAGAGAAAGUCAUAAAUCUUCGAAUCAAGACGACUGUGUUAUUUUAAUGGAUGAGAUGGAUAUUUAACCAGCAUUAGAAUAUGAUGUUAGCACACCCAAGGAACACACUAAAGUCAACAAAAAAUUAAAAUGAUUUUAUUUUGAUUUAAAAUAGUCACGCGUUUUCUGUAUGACGAAAAAAUGAUUACAGCGCAUGUUACUUAAUGACGGAAAGAUGACUUGCUUUGGCCCUCCAAAUAUUCGCAAAAUAUUAUGCGUGAAAGUUUUUUAGAAAUGGUAAAAAGUUUGAUGAUUUGCAAAUAUGGAUCGUUAUAUGAUUCCAAUGCACUAAUAAAUUAGUUUUUACAAUGUAGUAAUCUUUUCAGCAUAUAAUUUUUAUAUAUGCAGUAUAUAUAGUAUAUUUUACUUUUGUAUAUAUAAUAGUUCUGUUUAUGGUAUGUAUUAUGUAUAAUUAAUUUUGUAAUGAAACUUUCUCAAACAAUAUAGCUUAUUAGAAAAACUCCGUAUAAAAAAUACAAAGUGUAUAUACACUGAUAUAAGGUUAUCACAUUUGAAUUUACCGCGUGUUGAUCAAGCGACGUCAUAUGACGGGCGCAUUGGUCGGGCGUCGAGCCGUGGACCGGCCAGUCUUUGUGCAGAUCAUAACCAUAACCCAUAACGUGCAACAGCCGACUCAACGUGUUCCGUCUUGUUUUCAAGAUUCUGGCGUCUUUUUCCACAAGAAGGAAAAAAGAAAUGAUAACAUUGACAAUAAUAAUAUCACAUCGGAUAUUAUUGACAAUUGUAUUAUCAACAAUGUUCAAGUUCAAGAAGAAAUACGCGUCAAGCUUGACCAUAUGGAAGUUAAAUUAGAUCGUAUCUUAAGGAAGCUCUUUCCAGAAGAAGUAAAAUUGAAGCGACCACGCGGAAUUCCUGCAUUUCCUUUACGAACUGAACAAGAGUGGAAUACUUUGGAAAAUAUUCUCGCAGAUGACAAUACAUUUACAUAUGUAGUAGAUGUCUUCGCGGCAAAAAUUAAAAUCAGAGGUUGCUGCUGUACAGUCUGUACUCCCUAAAAUAAUUACAAAUUCCCUUGCCAGAUGUAUUAGCUGGGGAGGCACUCAGAAGACCAAAAUUGCUUUUAAUAGCAGCAAAACAUAUGAGGCUAUUCAAGCCACUAUUUUGCUGAAGUUUGGUAAUACAGCUGAUCUAGAUAAACCCGAAAAUUACGUGAAGCGCUGGUUUAGCACAAGUGCUCAGCGAGUGGUGUAAAUGCGUUUCAUAAAAAUAGAUAUUGCUAAAAUGUGAUAUAUAUACAUAUAUAUUAUUAGUACUUGUUUUACGCAGCAAUUUAUAUAAUGUGCAAUUUAACUAUAUAUAAAAUAGAUAUAUAAGCAAGCAUAAUCUACGAUA